CUCUACCAGGCGCGGGUUCCGUUCCGGCCGCGCCGGGCAGCAUGACGUCCGCCUUGGAGAACUACAUCAACCGUAUCCUCGGGCGGCGGGCAGUGAGCGUGGGAACACUGAAAGGCUUUGACCAGACCAUUAACUUGAUUUUGGACGAAAGCCAUGAACGAGUGUUCAGCUCUUCACAGGGAGUAGAGCAGGUGGUGCUGGGGUUGUACAUUGUGAGAGGCGACAAUGUUGCAGUCAUUGGGGAAAUUGAUGAAGAGACCGAUUCUGCGCUCGACUUGGGCAACAUCCGGGCAGAACCUCUGAACUCCGUGGCACACUGAGGAAGAGCUGCCUGACUGGCCGUCUGUAAAUCUUUGUAUAGAAACUGACUAUUCUGAAGACGAUGUAGGAUUUUUACGAGCAUGUAAUUGUGAUUUGUUGUCAUAUGUAAAUUAAAAUGUUUCUACCAGUUUUUGAAAAAAUUUUGGCCUAAGUCAUAAGUUUUGAUAGUUUGGUUUUAUUUUUGUAUUAAAUAAUGUGUGAGGUCUAAUAGUAAUCUAGGAAACUUUUGGAAAGCAGUACUGUCUUAAGUUAUAAUUGAACAUUAUAGAAAAUCAUUGAAAAGAGGAAUUUCAUAUGUCAUAAAGCAUGCAAGGAGUCAGUGGUUCAGAGUAUGUUUUUUUUUUAAGGAAAAAUUCUUACUAUUUUUAAGAAAACCACAGGAGUACAAAUUGUAUUUUGAACUACUGUUAUUUAUCUGUGCAGCACUGGCAGUUCCUUGCCAAUGCUAGUGAAAGUUGCUCCCUGGCACUUAGAGGCCUGGGUAAAAUGUGGGGUUCUAAAAAAACAAAAAUGCUACCAAAGUUUUGAAAAUGUUUUGGACCCAAAGUUAUAACAUGAGCAUUAAGCAUGACUGGGAAACAGGAUUAAUGAGGAGGAUAUUGGUAAACUGGCUGCCCAAUAAGUGAGAUACAAAAGAAGUAUGAUUGCAUUAUUGACUUUUAUGAGCAGUACAUUACCUGAAAAAAUUGAUGCAAUACAUUAUCGCUUUUACUCUGGGCCAGCGUGGUGGCUCUGCAGGCUAAUCCACCUGCAAGUACUGGCAUCCCUUAUGGAUUCCAGUUCUUGUCCUGGCUGCUCUACUUCCAAUCCAACUGCCUGCCUGUGGCCUGUGAAAGCAGCAAAGGAGGAG